AUGGGAAAACUGAGAUAUGAUCCGAAUUGCUGCCACCACAGGAAGGAGUCCAAUACCAUAAAGAUGAUGCAUAAAACCCCAAAGAAAACGGUGAAAAUAACCUACAUAUCGAGCCCUGUGAUGGUGAGGGCCUGCGAUGCUUCUGAGUUUCGAUCAGUGGUUCAACAGCUAACGGGCAAGGACUCCAGCAAGGUUGAAAGGCGAAGUAAGGGGCAUGGUUCUACUUCGAUGCAUCAUGAAAGGGUCAUGCAAAGUGGAGAUGUACGUGGAAGUGAAGAUGGUAGCGAGUUGUAUCAUUACAGCAACAACAGAUCAAUGAUGACUAGUUCUGUGGAGUUGGAUGAAGAUUACUUGUGGAAAGAACUUGCACGUUCUCUUUUGCCAUCACCCUGUGUACUUGUAUGA